AUGAGCGAUAGAAAAAGAGCACUUGAGGGUAACGGCGAAUCGUCUGUCGCAAAGAAACUUAGAAGUGAUACUACUCCUACUAAUGGAGCAUCCACUUCAGGCGGCCUUUCGGGGGAUGCUCUCAUUGCACAGAAGCGCGCAGAAAUAGCUGCUAAGGUUGCGGCUAUGAAGAAAAACAUUCCUGGUGUGAGCGUACCUCCCGCACCUGUUAAAGUAGCUGCACCAUCUCCGAGCCCCGUUGCCAACGGAUCUCCCGCUGCUGCAUCUGCAACAACCACAGAUGAUUUAGCCCGUCGGGUUGCUGAGGCUAAGAGGCGUGUAGCCGAUGCACAGAGUAAACUAGCUGUGAAAGAUAAUCCAUACAUGUCGAUGCCCCAAACUGGCAAGAAAAAUCGCCCUGUAGAGCCAGCUCAACAAGGUGCUGGUCUCAAAAUGGCUGCUCACCCUCUCCUACUCGAUACGGCUCCCACUGCACCUCAGUCAAAGAAAGACCGGUACAAGCCCAUGCAGCCCAAAUUUGCCUCUAUUAAGGCUAAUAUUCGCAAUGCGCCUACUCCGCCCCCUGCUCCAACUCCGGUCCCCAUGCUCGAGACAAAAGCCAAUCCAUAUGCAUCAGGUGGUCCCCCCGCCAAGGAGAGUGGCUUUGAGGGGGUACCCAAGGAGCGUGCGGGACGGAACUUCAGGUUCAAUCCCAAGGGGAAAUACGUGCAACUAGCAAAUCAAAUGAGACAAGAGAAUCAGCUAGAACAGCUGAAACAGCGUAUUGCAGAGAGUGCUCGGAAGGCUGGUUUGGACUCUGAGUUCGAUUCUCUUGAGAAAAACAUCAGACGAGAUGCCCCACCUGACGCUGAAUGGUGGGACGGGGCAUUGCUACCAAAUAAAACAUAUGAGGAUCUCGCGCUUGGACUAUCGGCCCUCAAUAUUCGAAAUGAAGACUCGCCGGUGACGAUUUACAUUCAACAUCCAAUUCCUAUCCCUGCUCCAGGUGAAAAGAGUAAAGUAGCAUUGAAACCUAUGAUGUUGACCAAGAAGGAGCAAAAGAAGAUGAGGAAACAACGUCGUCAGGCUGAGUUGCAGGAUAAGAGGGACAGAAUUCGGAUGGGUCUUAUUCCACCCGAUGCUCCCAAAGUGCGGUUGUCAAACUUGAUGAAGGUUCUUACAUCAGACGCUGUGCAAGACCCUACAAGAGUGGAGGCUCGUGUCCGCAGGGAAGUUGCCAUGCGAAAACAUACGCACGAGAAAAUGAAUGCAGAACGCAAGCUCACAGAUGAACAACGAAGAGAGAAGGUGGAGAACAAAAAGGUAGAAGAAGAAAAGAAGGGUAUAUAUGGUGCAGUCUUCAAGGUGAAAUCCUUGUCGGAUCCUGCUCACAGGUUCAAGGUACGAAAGAACGCGGAGCAAAUGAAUCUUACUGGCCUAUGUAUCUUCAACCCUGCGUUCAGCAUGGUAUACGUCGAAGGUGCUUCAAAGUUCAUACGGAACUAUAAGCGCCUGAUGAUUCAUCGUAUUGCUUGGACUGAGGCCGCGCGCCCUCGUGGUGCGGAGGAUGUAGAGAUUGAUGAAGAAGAUCAGGGAGGUGAGGGAGAUGCGAUUGCUAAACCUAAAGCGGCCGCUACCCCAGAAGAUGGCAUGGGAGGUGGCUCCCUGGAGGAUAACGCGUGCUAUCUUAUAUGGGAAGGACAAUUGAGGGAUCGAGCUUUUAGCAACUUCAAACCGAAGAGUUGCCCGACGGAUAAUGUGGCAAAGGAGGCACUUGGCCAGAAGCUAUCAGGAUACUGGGACCAAGCGAAGAACUGGAAACCGGAAGAAGAGGAACUUUUCUAA